GCAGCGCGGAAGGAGGAACUUCAAAAGAAAAAAAUCGCUUCUAAGUGGGCGGGGCGUGAGAGCACCUACAAGUUAUAAGUUUUCGGGUACGUUGACGCCUUUACCCUUUUUGACGGGCUCCGCGUGGAUAAUUUGUCUUCGGGACAGCUUUCUGCACCUCCAGUUUGAAAAAUCCUCAAUCUUCUUACAAUGGCAGCGAUUGGAAAGCGUGGAGCGGUGACUGAGGCGGCCGGUUUUAAUGCAGAGGCAGAUGUCCAGAAACUUCGAGAAGCCAUGAAGGGAGCCGGCACUAAUGAGGAGGCCAUCACCGAGGUCCUGGCACACCGUACCAUCGCCCAGAGGCAGCUCAUCAAAGAGGCCUACAAACAAUCAGUGGGGAAGGACCUGGCCAACGAUCUGUCCUCCGAGCUGAGCGGCAACUUCAGGAGCGUCGUCCUCGGUCUGCUGAUGCUGCCGCCCGUGUACGACGCCUACGAGCUGAAAUUUGCGAUGAAGGGGGCUGGAACUGAAGAGGCCUGUCUGAUUGAUAUUCUGGCUUCGAGGACAAAUGCUGAAAUACAAACUAUCAAUAUGGUCUACAAGAAAGAAUAUGAAAAAACCUUGGAAGACGCUGUGUGUGGAGACACUUCAGGAAUGUUCCAGAGGGUUUUGGUCUCUUUGCUGACGGCCGGCCGCGAUGAAAGCGACAAAGUGGACGAGGCCCAGGCCAUUCUCGAUGCCAAGGACAUCUACGAGGCCGGGGAGGCUCGAUGGGGCACGGACGAGGUGAAAUUCCUCACCGUGCUUUGCGUGAGAAACGAAAAGCAUCUGCUACGAGUGUUCCAGGAGUAUCAGAAGAUUUCUGGGCGAGACAUCGAGGAGAGCAUUAAGAGGGAGAUGUCUGGCAAUCUGGAGGACGUCUUCCUGGCCAUAGUGAAGUGCAUAAAGAACAAGCCUGCCUUCUUUGCAGAGCGAUUAUACAAAUCAAUGAAGGGACUCGGCACCACGGACAGCGUGCUCAUCAGAAUAAUGGUCGCCAGGGCAGAGAUUGAUAUGUUGGACAUCAAGGCGCAGUUCCUGAAGAUGUACGGCAAAACUCUGUACUCCUUCAUCAAGGGCGACACGUCUGGUGACUACCGCAAAAUUCUGCUGGUGCUGUGUGGAGGAGAGUAAAAAAAAAAACCCCAUCAGAACGACUCCCAGCUCACAUUGUGAGCUGAUUCUUCUUUUUACUUUAUUUUACUUUUCCUACUUCUAUGGCCUUCAGAUUUCACUGAUUGGACAUGCCUUGUUUUACUGUUUAAGCAGUAUUAUCAAUUAAACCAAAGACCAGUGACCUUUUA